AUGACUUCAACGCCAAACCCCGGCCAACUCUCAUCCCUCCCCGGCGUGAAUCGCUACAUCACCGGCCACGACGCCUCCGGAAAGGCAAUCGUCCAAGUCGAAAACCCCGCAGAAUGGUCGCCGUUCGAAGGCAAUUCGAUGGCCUUCACCGUAGCCUACACGACCUCAGAGUUCCCCGCCGAUCUCAACAGCGAUGCAGACCUGAAAGCGCACGAGCGCGUCGCUGCUUCGGGCACCCUGGGUCUGGUGAAAAAGGGCGGAACCGUGGUGCGCGAGGUUGACUUUGCGCCAAAGUCUGCUCCGCUUAUGCACCGGACGCAGAGUCUGGAUUAUGGGGUUGUUCUUGAGGGGGAGAUUGAGAUGGUUCUUGACUCUGGCGAGACGAGGUUGUUGAAGAGGGGCGAUGUUGCUGUGCAGAGGGCGACUAUGCAUGGCUGGCGCAAUCCGCAGGAAAAUGGAUGGACGAGGAUGUUGUUUGUGCUCCAGGAUUGCAAGCCUUUGGUUGUUGGGGGGCAGGAAUUGGGCGAGGACCUUACCCAGGCUAAGGGUGAUGGUGUCCUGCAUAGUUCUUAG